AUGGGCGCCGGCGCCAUCCUCGAACCUUUGACGGUGAUUGUCCUUCUCUUCGGCGGUACCUGGAUCAACCGUGCCACCAAGAUCUCUUCGGCUCCUCGGAUCUAUGUCCGCCGCCAGUCCUCGGAAUAUCGUCGGACGGACUCGUCAGAGUCGCUCGAUGACAACCAGUGGCACACGAGACAGCUGCGAAUCCUCGGCCAUUGCUGGUCCAUUUGGUCUCCCAACUCGGAGGUGUUUUCAGAGCGUUUGUUGAGUCGUCUCUUACGGAAGCUUCCUUUCUUGGUGGAAUGUUGGUACUGGGCGCUGGUUUACUGGACAUAUCAACUUGGUCGUGCUUUCACUGCACUCACCCUCAAAGAUGAUACUGUGGACGUCGCGCGCCGACAUGCCCUCAGUGUGAUUGACGUCGAGAAGAGUCUGGGCAUCUUCUGGGAGCUGGACAUUCAACGCUUUUUUCUGCGCCAUCCCACGGUCAUGAUGUGGAUUAACUGGAUCUAUUCCUUCAUUCAUAUCCCCGGAACCAUCGCCUUCCUCGUCUGGCUCUACUAUUAUACCACCACUCGCAACCGCAUCGAUGAAGCCCAAUCCGGCAAGCCUCGCGGAGCCGCGAGCGGAUCCCCCGCGGGACCCUUGCUCUACCAGGCGCGGAGACGGACCAUGGCUGUAUGUAAUCUGCUGGCCUUUGUGGUGUUCACCCUGUGGCCCUGCAUGCCCCCACGCCUGUUGAGCGAUCCCAACGUUGAAGGUCCCGAGGGCGAGCUCAGCCGCAGUUAUGGAUUCGUCGACACGGUUCAUGGAGAGAAUGGCGCCGGGAGCGUCUGGACACAGAAUCGGUUCUGCAAUCAAUAUGCGGCCAUGCCUUCCUUACAUUUUGGAUACGCGCUCAUGAUUGGAACCACGAUCAUGACUAUUCCCCUCCCCUCACAGCACCGUAGACCCCUUCGCGUUCGGCUGGGGUGUGGACCGGGUCUACGUCUUCACUCAUGGCGACGCAUGCUCUGUUUGACGCUGGGUUUCCUAUACCCAUUCACCAUCUUGGUCGCUAUCGUGGCAACUGCCAACCAUUUCAUUCUGGAUGCCGCCGCAGGUGCCCUGGUCUGUGCCUUAGGGUGGAAUUUCAACGGAAUUCUUCUCAACCUGCUUCCCUUUGAAGACUAUUUCCUCUGGCUGGUGCGAAUCCACAAGCCAGAGCCGGCAUUCAUCAGUCUUUAUACCAAAACCGUUGAUGACUGGGAUUCGGACGAUGCCGAGAUUCGUCAGGCCGUGCUGCCUUGGUGA